AAUCCAUGCUUUUAAAAUAUGAAAUGAAAGUUUUGUUAGCCUAAGAUGAAGUAACAUUUAUGAUUUUGUAAAAUUAAGAAUUUUCUAAAGUUAAAUUCCAUUUAGAUGAAAUAUGUGGUAAAACACAGCCAGGAACAAGCUGCUGUGGUUUUAUUUUAAAAAACAAAAAACCCCAAUCACAACGGUGCACAGACGAGGACUGAAAUCCUCCACCAUGUCUUUGCUGUAGCCUGAGCUGGCAGCAGUCGGCAGUCUGGAUCCUAACUUCCGUCUCACUCCACACCCUGUUUUCCGGGGAGCCUGUGGAGAUCCAGCCCAGCUCCACACACACACACGCUGCUCUGCUCCGCUCCGCUCCUCUGUCCGUCAGCAGUGAGCUGGCCACGGCGUACACUUCCCUCUUUCCUACUCGGAUCUGAUCUUUUCUCCACUCUUUAAGGCACGUCGGAGCGGCGGAGUCGAGCGGUUUCGGGUUCAGUCGCCCACAAAUGUGUUGAGGUGUUUGCGCUGCGCCUCCGUGGCCAUGGAUUGAUUGGAGUGUUUCCUCUGCGACCUCUGUCUCGACUAAGUUGAGAGCACAGUGUGUGUAAUAACCUGCGGCUUUCUCUCUCUCCAGCUACAUGUUCCAUCCGGCUACUUUAAAAACUACCUGGCUCCGUUUCGUUCUGCACCGUUUUGUACUUUGAACUUUUUUUUCUAAGCCUGGUGCAUAUUAAAUUAGGAGAUCGGGGGUUGAGGAUUUAUUUUGUGGACGCUCCUCCAGGAUUCCUGAAUCCUGCAAAGAUUUAUUUUUGAAAAGUGAUGGCCGAGCGGGGAGCUCUGUCGCUCCUCUCUCUUCUCUGUCUCACCAUCCUCUACACGGCGUCCACAGCGGCAAAGCAUGCCGAUAAAGGUUCAACUGUGCAGCCAUUCGCUGCCUUCUGGUUCACAGUGGAGCCACAGGAUACGCUGGCUGUCCGGGGCAACAUGGCGAUGCUCAACUGCUCGGUCCACAGCGACGCAGCCACGCCUGUUCACAUCGAGUGGAAAAAGGACGGCACCUUCCUGAGCCUGGUUUCAGACGACAGGCGACACAUACUUCCUGAUGGCACCCUGGUCUUCAGCCAUGUGGUCCACGCCAAACACAAUAAGCCUGAUGAAGGCACCUAUCAGUGUGUGGCCACCAUCGAGAACCUCGGAUCCAUCUCAAGCCGCACAGCUCGCCUCACUGUAGCUGGUUCCCCCAAGUUCUCCAGCCAGCCUGUAGCAAGCUCCGUACGUCCAGGAGACAGUCAGGUGAUGGCGUGUGAGGUCAACUCCAACCUUGUUCCCUUCACUCGGUGGGAGAAGGACCACCAGCCACUGGAGAUGAGCGGACGGUUGGUUCAGCUGCAGAGCGGAGCCCUGGUGAUCAGUAACGCCACAGAAGCCGACGCAGGGCUCUACCGAUGUGUGGUGGAAAACGUGGGGGCGUCCAAGUCCAGCGACGAGGCCCAGCUUCAAAUAGUGCCAGAAACUGGAGACGACAGGAAGUUGGAGUUCUUGGUGCCACCUGUUCCAGUGACCAAAGUUGUGGGCACCAACGUCCUGCUGCCCUGUGUGGUCACCGGAUAUCCUACAGCUCAAAUCCACUGGAUGUUUGGAGACAAACCGCUAGAAGAGAGUGAGGGUCGUGUGGAGGUGAUGGGAGGAGGCGUUCUGCAGAUCACCAAUCUCUCACAGAAGGAUGCUGGAGUCUACACCUGCGUAGCAGAGAACCCCAACGGAACUAUCGAAGCCCAGGCCCAGCUCACAGUUCAAGUUCCUCCACAGUUCGUCAAGGAGCCAUUACAUCUUUAUGCCCACGAGUCCAUGGACAUCAUCUUUGAAUGUGAGGUUUCAGGGUCGCCUGCUCCCACCGUCAAGUGGGUCAAGAACGGAGAUGCUGUCAUCCCCAGUGACUACUUUAAAAUAGUGAAGGAUCACAACCUGCAGGUUCUGGGUCUCGUCAAGUCAGAUGAGGGUUUUUACCAGUGUCUUGCGGAAAAUGACGCAGGCAACAUCCAGUCCAACGCCCAACUCAUCAUCUUAGAUCACGAUGUAGCCCUGCCCCUUUUCCCUCCCCCUCCACUGACUCCUAACACUACUGACCAUGUAACACCAGGCUCCGGAGGUGUAGCUGCUCCUGCAGGGCCCACUCCGUCAGCACCACGAGACGUCGUGGCUUCGCUGGUUUCCACUCGCUUCAUCAAGUUGACCUGGCGCCAACCAGCCGAACCACAUGGAGACGAGCUAACCUACUCGGUUUUCUAUAGCCUGGAAGGCACCAGCAGGGAGCGAGUGGUGAACACCAGCCGUCCAGGAGAGAUGCAGGUCACCAUCCAGAACCUCAUGCCUGAGACUAAAUAUCGGUUCAGGGUUGUGGCACACAACGGCUACGGCCAGGGAGAGAGUUCUGCAGUUCUCAAAGUGGCCACCCAGGGUGAAGUCCAAGUCCCCGGCCCUGCUUCUAAUCUUCAGGCAGUGUCAAACAGUCCGACCUCUGUCUCUCUGAGCUGGGACAUACCUCUCACAGGCAACGGAGAAAUCCUCAGCUACAAGUUGUACUACACGGACAAAAGCUUCGACAGCGAACAGGACGUGGAUGUCGACGGUCAGUCGUACGCCAUGACAGGACUGAAGAAAAAUACGGAGUACAGUUUUCGUGUGGUGGCCAACAACAAGCACGGACCAGGGGUCUCCACUGAGGAUGUGGUGGUCCGCACCCUGUCUGAUGUGCCCAGCGCUGCUCCUCAAAACCUGACUGUGGAAGUUCAGAACUCAAAGAGCAUCAUGCUCCGCUGGCAGCCCCCUCCUCCAAACGCCCAGAACGGUGAGAUCACAGGCUACAAGAUUCGAUACCGGAAAGGAUCACGCAGGAGUGAGGCAGCCGACACCACCGGAGGCAGAGAGCUUAGCAAGCUCAUUGACGGUCUAGAGCGUGGUAUGGAGUACUCCUUCAGGGUGUCAGCCAUGACGGUGAACGGCAGCGGACCAGCCACAGACUGGAUGACAGCAGAGACAUUUGAGAGUGACCUGGACGAAUCCCGUGUACCAGACCAGCCCAGCUCUCUGCACGUCCGCCCAUUGGUCAACAGUAUUGUGGUGAGCUGGACGCCACCGGAGAACCAGGAUAUCGUGGUGCGCGGUUACACCAUCGGCUACGGCAUCGGCAGCCCCCACGCUCAAACCAUUAAAGUGGAUUAUAAGCAGCGGUACUACACCAUCGAGAACCUGGACCCCAGCUCUCACUACGUGAUCACACUGAAGGCCUACAACAACGUGGGUGAGGGGAUUCCUGUGUAUGAGAGCGCCAUCACAAGGCCACAGUCAGACCCCAUUGAACCCGAUGUUGACCUGUAUGACCUCUUCCAUGCUCCAUACACCCCAGUACCAGACCCCUCCCCCAUGAUGCCGCCCGUGGGUGUUCAGGCCUUUGUGUUGAGCUACGACACCAUCAAGGUGACCUGGGCUGACAACUCGUUACCCAAAAAUCAAAAAAUUACCGACAAUCGUUUCUACACAGUGAGAUGGAAGACCAACAUCCCUGCCAACACCAAAGUGAAGUCGGCCAACGCUACCAAUCUGAAUUACAUGGUGACAGGUCUGAAGCCCAAUACAUUGUACGAGUUCUCAGUCAUGGUGACCAAAGGUCGACGCAGCAGCACUUGGAGCAUGACUGCACAGGGCACCACGUUUGAAACCAUUCCCAGCUCUUCUCCAAAAGAUGUGACGGUGGUGAGCAAAGAGAACAAACCCCGCACCAUCAUCGUGAACUGGCAGCCGCCUUCAGAGGCCAACGGAAAGAUCACUGGCUAUAUCAUCUACUACAGCACUGAUGUCAAUGCUGAGGUCCAUGACUGGGUCAUAGAACCAGUGGUUGGAAACCGCCUGACCCAUCAGAUCCAGGACCUGACACUGGACACUACCUACCACUUUAAGAUCCAAGCUCGGAACUCUAAGGGCAUGGGCCCCAUGUCUGAGGCCGUCAACUUCCGCACUCCUAAAACUGAGUCCUCUGACAAAAUGGCUAAUGACCAAGCCUCAAAAUCUUCCAUCAACCAGCAGCCACCAGAGCCUGGGACUUCAGUUGGUAAAUCAGGUGUGGGAAGCACCAGUGAAAAUCACAUCCUGGUUAUCAUCAUCAUCAUCUCGGUGGGAGCCUUCACCAUCAUCGUUGUGGUGGUGGGAGCCUUCCUGUGCACGCGGAGAACGACAUCGCACCAGAAAAAAAAACGAGCGGCCUCAAAGUCCUCAAACGGCUCCCACAAAUACAAGGGAAAUUCCAAAGACCUGAAACCCCCUGAUCUCUGGAUUCACCAUGAGAGGCUGGAGCUCAAACCCAUCGACAAAUCUCCAGAGCCCAACCCGGUCAUGACAGAAACUCCCAUACCACGUAGCUCUCAGGACAUCACGCCAGCUGACAGCGGCCUAGAGAGUAACCCUCACUUGCAGCAGAGGCGCAACUCCUACCUUGGCCACGAAUCAGAGGACAGCAUGUCUACACUAGCAGGUCGACGAGGGAUGAGACCUAAAAUGAUGAUGCCUUUUGAUGCACAGCCGCCUCAGCCUGUGAUUAGCGCUCACCCUAUCCAUUCCCUUGAUAACCAUCACCACCAUUAUCACAUGGGCAGCCUGGCAUCGCCAACACGAAGCUACCUCUACCAUCAGGGCAGUGGGCACCAGCGCCCGCAUGUGUGCGCCACCCCCAUCUCCCAUUUAGAGAGGGUGGACUCUACAGAGUCAGUGAGGAACACCCCAUGUUCAGAGCCGCUCCCUCCAGCCACAGCUUCUUCCCAGGUCUCCUGCCCCUCGGAGUAUCUUGCAGAUCCUGAGGGAAGUUACCACGGCUCCAGCACUACGGAGGAGGAGUCUGGCUACUCCAGUAACCUGCCUCCCAUCCGCUCAGCACAUCCUCACGCUCAUGCUCACCCACUCAAAAGUUUUGCAGUGCCUGCAUACCCAGGAACUGGGCAUCCAACAUAUGAGUCGUCUGCUUUACCCAGCACGCCGCUCCUGGCUCAGACUGUGCCUCCCACUCACCCUCAUGUUGUAAAAACAGCCUCCAUUGGAACGCUGGGCAGAACACGGUCACCGAUGAUAGUCAACGUGCCCAACGCCCCUGAUGUGCCCGAGACCAGCAAGAUGCUGGAAGAUGUGGACAACGUGCUUGCCUCCCUCCCCCCCUGCCCUUCUCCUGCCUCUCGCAGUAACCCUGUUCCUCUCCCUCAGAGCUAUGAGCCCGACGAGCUGACUGAGGAGAUGGCCCACCUCGAGGGCCUUAUGAAGGACCUGAAUGCUAUCACCACAGCGCCAUGAGCAUGACACACACCCGCAAACACACACACAGACACUAUACUUCUCGCCCACAACGCACACAUCCAAAUCAUUUGAGCUUGCGGCUGUUGGACACAGAACGGCCCGUUGAGCCCAAUAGAAACUCCCAUUUCCCCCCUACAGGAAAAAAAAGUCCAGACUGAAACUUAGGAACUUUUUUGGCUUACAUUGCUCAGUCUCAGGAGUUUCGCCACAAAAGGGGAAAAAGUGAGACAUCUUUUUAUGAAGAACCGUUCUCAGAGACAAUGAACAUAAAGUAUUGGUUGCUUUCAACCAGAAGAUUGUGAAUUUUUUCCUCAGCAAAAAUACGUACGGUAGUUUUUGUUGUUUUUUUCUUUUUCAAGACAAUGGACGAUUCAGUGUCAAGUCAAAUGGAGAAAGUCCAAAAAUCUGUUGGUUUUGAUGUUGGUGCUUUUGCAGCACAGUCUACACUCAGUGUUUGUUUGAUUAGUGUUUUCUUUGUGCAUUUUGUAAAAUUAUUGGGCAGUUUCAGUGAUGUGAACAUCAGAUAUCAGCCUCCUCUCACAAGCUCACAUUGUUCAUAUUGUAUUAUCAUAUUUUGUUCAUUUUCAUCCCCUUGUGUCACAUGUUUUGUGACAUUUUUUUUAUUAUUAUUAUUUACUGUUAUAUAUAUAUUUUUACACACAUAUUCUUAUAAAAAUGUACAUAAGUGUUUUUUAAAAACAGUUUCAUUUGUUUGAUGUUUCCCAUUGUUUCAUAAUCAUUUAUCAUUAAUAAUAUUAUUUGGAAUGAAAGUGGGAUUUCAACCUGUCCUGAAGUUCAGUUUAUAUAUAUCAACAGGAACUUGUUAGCUAAUGCUACAGCACAUUCAUGUCUGGUGUUGUGUUGAAAAGUUUUGUUUUUAUGGGAGCUCAGUUUUAAAAGCCUAAUUUAUGAGUUUGUACGUUGGGGUCAUGGGAAUAAUAAAAAAACAAAACAAAACAACCUUCCACAGGAUGUCAACUCUGCAGGACUUUUUCUCACUGGUCUGAAGAGCAGACUCAGGCCUCGACCCAGCUUCUCCUGAAACCCAGAAAUAAUGUUAUCACCCUACCCGUUAUUUGGAAAUCAGUUUUUGGUGUCAGGUUUCUGUGCUCAUGGUCCAAAUGUGCAACUUGCCCAAGUCAGAAUGUAUAUGCUGUCAGUUUUCCUGUUGUAUUUGAAGACGAUGCACCCAAGUUCUUUUAAAAGUUUGACAAGAUGCAGAAGUGUCGGCCUUUCGAGUAGGCCUCCCAGAAUUCUUUUUACAUGGUAGUUUUUGUAUGAAGAAAAAAAAAAGAAAAAGAGGCCUGUUAUAUUCAGAAAUAUGAUUUUAACAAUGUCAGACUCUAGUUUUUCAUCACCCUCCUACCCAAAGAAACGUGUCAUUUGCAAUCACAGUCUUUUCCUCUACUUUUGUGAAUACCAUUUCUCAUUAGUGUACAUCAUCAUAAAUGCCAUUCUAACUGUAAGAGAUUUCAGUACAAGGAACAAGUUCUGUUGUGGUUGAAAAAUAGGAUCAGCAACAAAGAGGGAGAGAAAACAAAAUGGGAUCCGUUUUGGGAAAAAAAUCUGUUGAGUAGUAAACAGUUGAACCGUUGUUGCACUUUUUCACACUUUCUGAAAAGUACAUUUCUUACAUAUCUUGUGUUUUGAAUAUCAAAAGCUGUUUGUGUAUUGUAGUGUCAUAGGAAAGCAGCAGGCAGCUGGUCUUGUUUAUAAUUUUUGUUUUUUGAUUUUUUAAAGUUGUCAUUUUGCAUCGGAGAUGAUAUGAAUUUGAGCAGCAGAGUUUGUGACUUUGCAGGUGAUGAUGAGAAAUUCUGUUGUUGCUUGUUAAUGUACAGAGCUUUCUUUGGUUUCUGUAGAAAAAAGAAAAUAUCUGUGGCUUUUUAAAAAAUACUGAAAAAAGGUUUGGAAAAAAAGAUGUUUUUUAUUGGUGCUCCUAUACAUUGUGUAUACACACUAUUAUGAAUACUAACAAAGUGAAUCAU